UACGCUUCUAAAUCCUUCUGUCUUGUUAUUAUAACUUCCAAAGGUCUCACCUUACAGCUAGUUUUGUUUGUGUAUUUUGAUUGAGUUUUUAUAACCAUCUGUGCUGUUGUAUUCUGUUUUGAGGAUUUGAUGGCUGGUCUCAAGUUUAAAGUUACAAGGCAGGAAGCAGUCCUAGUGGCUCCUUCUUCGCCCACUCCUAAGGAACACCUCUAUCUUUCCAACAUUGAUGAUCAAGCGGGGUUGAGAUUUCACAUUCCUCUGGCCUUCUUUUAUAAGCAUAGCUUUCUGAAAGAGGACCAAGAUCCUGCCAAAAUCAUAAGAAAAGCACUGGAAAAGGUUCUGGUGCAUUACUAUCCUCUUGCUGGAAGACCGAGAGAGGCGGCGGCUGGGAAACUUACGGUGGAGUGUACAGGAGAAGGUGUUCUGUUCGUUGAAGCAGAUGCAGAUGUUACUCUCGCUGAGUUUGGAGAUCUUCACCAGCCUUUUCCGUGCUGCAAUGAACUGCUGCACGACAUUCUCACCCCACAGACUGUCAUCAACUCUCCACUUCUUCUCAUUCAGGUAACACGACUAAUAUGUAAAGGCUUUAUAUUUGCCAUGGUAACAAAUCACAUCAUAGCAGAUGGUUUGGGACUAGCCCAAUUUCUAAGAGCUCUUGGAGAAAUAGCCAUGGGAGCAAGUGACUUGUCAAUUUCACCAGUAUGGAAAAGGGAAAUCCUCAAGCCUCGCUUGAAACCCUCAAUAAGCUUACCUCUCUAUGAAUAUGAAGAAGUUCAACAAAAAAUCAUAUCAAUAGAUGCAGAUGAUUUGAGCCACGCUUCUUGCUUCUUUGGGCCAAAGGAAAUUGAGUACCUGAAAAGAGAAGCCGGCAUGAAAACCUCAACUUUUGAAGCAUUAUCAGGGUUCCUAUGGCGUCUAAGAACCAGAGCCCUCAACAUGGCAACAGAGCAGGAGGUGCGGUUUAUGUUCCCAAUAGAAAUCCGCUCUAUAUUUGAGCCCCACCUUCCACGUGGCUACUAUGGCAAUGCAAUAGUCUUUGCCUGUGCCAAGACCACAGCUGGAAUGUUAUUAAACAAUCCCUUGUCAUAUGCAGUAAAUUUAAUUAUCAGAGCCAGAACAGUUGUUAAUAAUGAAUACAUACGAUCGACAAUAGACAUGAUGGAGGUCAAGGGGCAUCCGCAUUUCACUACGGUGGGGAGUUUUAUUGUUUCUGAUCUUACCAAGCUUCGACUUAGAGAUGUGGAUUUUGGGUGGGGGAAAGCAGUUUAUGGUGGACUUGCCAUAGGUGGUGUCGGAGCUAUACCAGGCAUUAUUACCUGGUUUAUUCCUUAUCAAAAUAACAAAGGAGUUGAAGGAAAAGUAGUUCCGAUCCGUUUGCCCUCUCAUGCCAUGCAAAAAUUUCAACUAGAAUUAGCAAAGGCCAUGGGGAAGGAAGCUCCCCCUUUUAUACGAUCGCUCAUAUGAAAAUCUACAGAUAGUAUAGUUUAGUUCAACUCAUAUGAAAAUCUACAGCUAGUAUAGUUUAGUUCGACUUGUAUGAUCUGCAAAAUAAUACUUCUAUUUUAAAAUAUGGCUAUAAGAAAUUAUAAAUAAGUUUCUAUAUCUAUGUUUUCAUUUAGAGUAUUUACUAUGGAAUAAUAUGUUCUUGCAUUAUUGGGUGAGGUUUAAAUAUAAGAUAUUUGUUACGAGA